GUCGGUGGACUUUGAGCCUUGCUGAACCUCGAGUGGGUAUAUGAUUGGAUUUUGAUCGGGUCUUCGUCACAUUCCGGUUGUAACAGUUCUAAAAGUGAUUUGUGCAGUAAUUAACUCGCCACGAUGUCGGCCGUAACGAAAGGUAUUUUCAUUGUCGCUGCAAAGCGCACUCCAUUUGGCACAAUGGGAGGCAUGUUUGUAAACAAAAGUGCAACUGAUUUGUCAGUUGUUGCAUCAACUGCCGCAAUCCAGGCAGCAGGCCUAAAACCGGAGAAGAUUGACAGCGUUGUAUUUGGACAUGUCUUAGCGAAUUCAUCCUCUGAUGGUGCUUUCUUGGCAAGGCACGCUUUGUUAAAAUCAGGAAUCCCAUUACAAAAACCAGCACUAAGCGUAAAUAGAUUAUGCGGUUCUGGUUUCCAAGCAAUUGUCAGUGGGGCUCAGAACAUUCUAAUGGGAGAUUCAAAAAUUGUCUUGACGGGUGGUGCAGAAAACAUGAGCCAAGCACCUUUUGUUGUGAGAAACGUUCGUUAUGGCACUGCUUUGGGACAAAAGUAUGAAUUCGAAGAUUCACUUUGGCUUGGAUUACUCGAUACCUAUUGCAAUUUGCCCAUGGGUAUAACGGCGGAAAAACUCGGUGCACAGUACAAUUUAAAGAGAGAGGAGGUCGACCAAUUUGCCUUGAAUAGUCAGCAACGUUGGAAAGCUGCCAACGAUGCGGGUCAUUUCAAAGAAGAAAUAGUGCCUGUGCAAGUGAAAGUUAAGAAGCAGGAUACGACUGUCAGCGUAGACGAACAUCCGCGCAUACAAACGACGCUAGAGACCCUUGCUAAACUGAAACCAGUUUUCCAGAAAGAUGGAUUAGUCACAGCUGGUUCUGCAUCGGGUAUCUGUGACGGAGCGAGCGUUGUUAUUUUGGCUAGCGAGGAAGCUGUCAAGACCGAAGGCUUGAAACCAUUGGCACGUUUGGUGGGGUACAGCGUUGUCGGUGUGGAACCAAGUAUUAUGGGGAUUGGCCCGGCACCAGCAAUCAGGAACUUACUUAAAGCUGCGGGCAAGACACUCGAUGAUGUGGAACUUGUCGAAAUCAACGAAGCGUUUGGAGCUCAGACUUUGGCGUGUGCAAAGGAGCUUAACCUGGAUCUGAAUAAACUGAACGUAAAUGGUGGUGCUAUUGCUGUAGGACAUCCAUUGGCCGCUUCCGGCAGCAGAAUCACUGCUCACUUGGUGCACGAACUUAGGAGGCGAAAGGCUGGAAAAUUCGGUAUCGGUUCGGCUUGCAUUGGCGGUGGACAAGGUAUCGCUGUAAUGGUGGAAGCGCUGUAAUCAAUUAAGAAAUUUGUGCUGCUUAAUUUUUUAAAGAUAUUGUAAUAUACAAAUAGAUCCAACGGUAAGUGUACAUCGUA